UAUUCAGUUCGGAUUCUUUUGAUCUUGUGUUGAGCAUCUGUAAAUGCAUGACUCAGUGGAUCUGGGGCAGGAAUUAUAACUUCCUCCACAAAAUGAAAAAUGAAACAGUGCCUGCUGCUCUUCUGAAAAGUGAGACGAGAGACUAUAUAGACGCCGGACUACUGCUGAACUCACCCUACUUCUCAGUGCUGAGAGAAGAACGAGACAUUGAUCUUAUCAUUUCCCUGGAUUUCAGUGAAGGGGAUCCUUUCAUGACAGUGAAUAAAACUCAAAAACUGUGUGAAGAACUAAACAUCCCUUUCCCUGAAGUCAUUCUCAGAGAAAAGGCAAAGAACCCGAAGGACUUCUAUGUGUUCAAAGGCAAAAACGCUGCAACCGUGAUUCACAUGUCUCUGUUUAAUGUGGUCAACUGUGGAGGCAAGUUCAGAUUGUCUAAUUCAAUAAAACUGAAACAUUGUCGUAAGAAGAUCACUGAUCUUAUGGACAUUGCUGGAAAAAACAUCUCAAACAACAGAGAGAAACUGCUGGAGCAGAUUCAAGCAGUCAUUGACCAAAAAAGACACAAAUGA